AUGGUUGUGCUCUCUCUCCUUACUUCUGCUGCCGGAGGAGCGCUGAGUAAGGUGUCUUCACUUGCUACUGAUCAAUUGGGACUCGAAAUCGUCUGCUGUUUCCGCAAAGAGCUAUAUAAGCUCCAAGUAUCCUCAACUGAUAUUGGGGAUAUGAUACAUGAUGCUGCGCACGAACCCGAAGAUCGGAAAAUGCGGGCAAGGGCCAGGUGGAUGAAGAGGCUGAUAAGCGUAGCUCAUGAUGCAGAAGAUAUCUUGGAGGAAGUUCAAUAUGAAGUAGAUCGGAUCGUUAUAGAGGAGACAAGCCUGGAUAAGAAGAUACUCGGCUUCUUCUGCAACAAUCCUCUUGUAUUUCGUCUCCAGAUGGCACGCAAGAUUCACGACAUCAACACAUCCUUGGAGAAUCUCAACAAUCGAGCAGCCAGUGUGGGACUCGCCACGACAAGGAGAUCAAAUGGAGGUGCAGCAAGCAGUCAAGGCAAGCAGUCAAGGGAAACAUUCUCAUUCCUUGAGAAAAAUGAAUUCACCCACAAAGAUGCAAUCAUUGUUGGAAGGGAUCAGGUUUUGACAAAUAUAAUUGCAACCCUGACCGACUCCAAAAAUCAAGAAAAGGUUCUUUCGGUGAUGGCCGUUGUGGGAUUGGGAGGCCUGGGUAAAACAACUUUGGCCCAAAUAGUUACCAAGCAGCUGAAAGAAGGUGAAAUGAAAAUGUACUUUGAUACAACAUUCUGGGUAUACGCACCCAAUACUUCUGAUGUCAAUUCAAUAUUACGUGGAAUGCUGGAAUCAUAUGACGACUCAACGGGAGCAAAUCUUUCACAUCGGGAAGCAUUGAUUGGAAGCCUCCACGGGAAGUUGAAAGAGAAAAGGUAUUUUCUUGUGCUUGAUGACGUUUGGGAUGUGGAUGCUAAUAGUUGGGAGGAUUUGAAGCGUUGUCUGUUGCUACUAAGUUCUGCCAAAGGAAGCUCUGUGAUUGUCACCACCCGUAGUGCCAGGGUUGCAUCAAUCAUGGAAACACUUGAUAGAUGCGAUCUAGGGACUCUAGCGGAUGAUGAAUGUUGGUCCAUAGUGAAGGAUAGAGCAUUUGCAGAUCCUAAUGCUCCGAUACCUUCAGAUCUAGAGGGAAUCGGAAGGGACAUUGCCAAAAAAUGUGCUGGUCUUCCAUUGGUGGCAAAGGUUUUGGGAAGCUUGAUGCGUUCUAAGAAUAGUAGCGACGUCUACAAUGAAUGGAAGUCAAUUAAGGAAAGUGAAAUAUGGCAGGUAUCAUCAGACAGAGAGGAUAGCAGGAUUAUGUCGGUUCUGAGGUUGAGUUUUGACAAUUUGGAAUUCCCAUUGAAACAAUGUUUUGCAUAUUGCUCCAUGCUCAAAAGAGGUUCCUCAAUUAAAAGAGAUAACUUGAUCCAACUGUGGAUGGCUCAAGGUUUUCUCCGUCCUUCUCAUGAUCUCCAAAGCAAGGGGAUUGAAAUGGAGGAUAUAGGCAGAGGGUAUUUUGAUACUCUACUGGAGAGCUCCUUAUUUCAAGAUGCUACAAAGGAUGAGGAUGGCGUUAUCACCAAAUCCAAAAUGCACGAUCUUGUGCAUGAUCUUGCAAUAGAAGUAUCCAAGUGUGAGAGCUUGACACCAGACCUCAAUCAUGAGAUGGAUGAUGAUGAGAUUCAACAUGUUGCACGGAUUCCGACUUCAGAACUUAAAAGGAUUCCAGAAACAAGUAUUUCAAGACUGCGCUCACUCUUUUCUAGUGUCCAGGUCCUUAAUAUCAUUUUACCGAAGUUAAGUGCUUUACGUGUCUUAAGUUUCUGUGUGGUAAACCAGGAGUCGCCAGAUUUCUUAAUUUUCUGGGAGGUAAAGAACCAGGAGUCGCCAAAUUCACUCGACAAGUUGAAGCACUUGAGGUAUCUAGAUCUUUCCCAUACAAAUAUCAAAGCAUUCCCAGAGUCUAUUGGCAAGCUCUAUAACCUCCAAACAUUGAUAUUACCGUGGUCUCUUCGAAAAUGUCCAAAAGAGAUUCAAAAUUUGAUCAACUUGAGGCAUCUUUAUCACGAUGGCAUAACAUGGCCAAUGGAAUUUGAGGCUGGGAUUGUGGGGCGAUUAACUAAAAUCCAAACAUUACCUUGGUUUAAUGUGGGUAAGGAGACUGGUCCUACAAUGGAGGAGUUGGGUGGGUUGAAGCAUUUGAGAGGCCACUUAAUUAUCUAUAGGCUAGAACAUGUAAGGGAUGGAGAAGAAGCAAAGAAUGCUUGCUUAGCGGAGAAGAGUCACUUGAGCGAGUUAACAUGUGACUGGACACACGGUGAGGUACCUAAUGGCAAUGAGACGGAUGUAAUAGAUGGCUUGAAACCUCAUCUUAAUUUGCAGAGCUUGAACAUUGAGUUUUUCAUGGGUGCUACACUUCCGUCAUGGAUAACGGGUCUCCAAAAUUUGAAGGAGAUUCGAUUAGCUGGCUGUAACAAUUGUGAAGGAAUCCCAACACUCGGCCAUCUACCUAAUUUAAGAUCUCUUGGUAUUCAGAUGCAUAAGCUGAUACGUUUGGGAACUGAGUUUUAUGGUACUGGUACAACUUCAUUUCGAGCACUGAAAACAUUAUACAUCAACAAGUGCCAAGAGCUCAUUGAAUGGAUGGAAGCACCGAGGAUAUCAGCUGAAGGAGAAGUUGUGGAAUUUCCUUGCCUCGAUAAGUUGCAUCUCAUUGACUGUCCUAAAUUGAGAAAUGCUCCGAGUCGUUUUCCACGUCUCAAGAUGUUGGUGAUGGAUAGAAUGGGUAACAGCAUGCCAAUAGAAAAUAUAAGCACUCAACUUACCACUCUCACUUAUCUCACAAUAAUUGGUGUAAAGGGACUCACUUGUCUACCAGAAGGGAUGCUGAACAAUAACAAUAGUCUCACACAUUUAGAGGUAAGUGGUUGUGAUGAGUUGACGUGUAUUGCUCUUGAUGUAUCUGACACGCUCCCUCAUCUUGAGGAGUUGAGUAUAUCUGGUUGUGACAGCCUAGAGUCGAUUCGGAUCACACAGGGCAUCGCAUCUCUCCGUCAAUUGAAAAUCCAUGGUUGUGAGGCAUUAUCAAGCCUAGAGGUUGGGCUCGAUUACUGCACCUCUCUUCAGGAGUUGGAGAUAUAUAAGUGCCCUAAUCUGGUUUCAAUUCCAACCGCACGGGGCAUGCCGUCUCUCCGGAAAUUGAAUCUCAUAGAGUGGCAUCACAUCUCUCCAGAUGUUGACGAUUGA